AUGGCCCCAUCUUCGUAUCACCUCACUGGGGCAGGCAUGGCAGUGGCACGCUACACAUUUGUCUUGCAAAUUGGCCUGCGGAUCAUGACGUUUGGUCUAAACGCGUUGGCGUUUCGCUAUGUUUCUGCUACCGAUAUUGGUCUGGUGAAUCUACGCCUUGGACUUUUCUACUCCACCUUGAUGUUCGCUGCUCGCGAAGCUUUCCGGCGUGCAUGCCUCAGUCGAGGAGGCCAGAUUGUUUACUCUAACCCUGGGUCCCACCAGCCUGUGCCGACGGAGAGGCUUCUACAAGAACAGACGAAUGUAGUCACUGGGGCUACUGGUUUUUCCGAAAAAUGCCUAAAAGACGGUGAUGAUAAAAAACGACACCAGUUUCGCAGCCUCAUCAAUGUUACCUGGUUUAUGUAG